AUGCGUCCUUCCUUUGCUCUUCCAGCACUUCUUCUCGCUCCUUUCGCCCUCGCGGCAACUACUGCGGUCAAGACUACUUCUUGCUCUGCUAUUGAUCUAAAGACCUUCAAUGGCGAUGUCAAAUAUGGUCAGGCAUUCUGCGAGUUCUGGCUCAUCGUCAGCCGCAACACAUCACCUCUUCCCGACCUCGCUGCUAGCUCUCUUACCAAUGUUUGCCAGUGUGUUGUCAGUACCCAAUCUUCGACAAGCAGCACAUCUACCCGCUCCGUCGUCAGAGGAGCAAAGUUGGCCUCGACAUCCUCCAAAUCCACAAGUACCACAAAGAGCACCGAAAAGAUUUCGAAAAGAGCUGUGACAACCAGUAAAACCACCAGCACCAAGCUCGUUUGUGUCAGCCAGAACGUUACCGCUGUACAGAAUGAUAUCACCCACCCCAUUCCUUUCUGCAAUUGGUGGGCUACAGACUCGCGAACCAACUCGCCUAUUCCUGGCCUCUCUGCUUCUCAGGUAACAAAUGCAUGUCAGUGCAUUCUGAAUUCGGCAACGAGCACAUCAAGCACGCGAGCAUCAACAGUCAAGAUUGUGUCAACGUCAGCAAAGUCAUCGGUGACAUCCUCUUCAAAGCUUUCGAGCAGUUCGAGCAAGAAGUCGUCUUCCAGCGUCAAAAGCUCGAGCACGAAAACUUCGGUCACAGCCACUCGUGGUCAGGCUUCAUCCUCGACGCCGAAAAGCUCGACGUCGAAGCAGCUCAGCUCAUCGACUGCAACAUUAUCUAAACAAGUGUCUUCCAGCAUCACCCAGACGAGAGAAGCACCUGCCAUAAAGUCUUCAUCAACUGUCUCGUCUUCGAGUGUGGCAGACGGAGCGAGCUCAAAGACAUCUUCAUCGACCACUGUACAGUCGUCCUCAUCGUCGACUAGUACUACGCCGAUUGUGACACGCACGAGAGGUAUGGCGAUAGUGGCACCUGCCAGCUCCAGUACUGCUCAGGCGGCUGUGGCAUCGCAGAGCGCUUUGAGUAGCUCAUUGGGAAGUGCAUCCGGAUCCUUGGCCAAGAACGCGGGCACUGCAGGAUCAUCUUCGAGUUCUUCCAGCAGUUCUGGUUCACAACAAUCUUCGUCACAGGCCACCACAACUUCGACCACCAGCCAGGUUCGCAUUCGUGGUAGCAAGGUUUCUGUCACUACUGUAUCGACAAGUUCGACUUUAACGGCUCAAUCCACUUCCUCCACUGCGUCGAGUCAGUCUGCAUCUUUGUCUCAAGCCACUUCUAGUUUGGCUCAGUCUGCAUCUGCAUCUCAAACUCUCUCGGCUCCACAGACAAAUGUCCCUGAACCUACCACUUUGUCUACUGGUAGCUUGCUUACAGAUGUCAGCUCGAGUUCGCAAUCCAUUAUCAGUAGCUCGAGUGCCUUUGUCUCGCCAAGUCAGAGCUCGAAUAGUAUCGGGAGCGCAUCUCAAGCGUCUCCAAGCAGUAGCACAUAUGCAUCUGUUGCCAAUUCUAUUGCCAGCGAGAGCACUACAGGUUUGACAGAAUCCUCUCUGGCCACCGAGACAGGCAGUUCGACGGUAUCGUUAGCCUCCACCUCUACUGAUGCCAUUUCGCAACCUUCAUCAGAAGCCGAGUCGUCCUCUCUGAUUGCUCCUGAACAAGCAUCGGCAACUGACAGCGGAAGUGUCUCCACACCGACUCUUGUGAGCACAUCAGUGGCUUCCAGCUCAGAUGAUCAAACCGCAAUGUCCACAGACAGUAUUUCGUCGUCGUCGCAGAGUAUGACUGCCGGCCCUAUAACAAGCACUAUUUCCGGGUCGUCCAACAGCCCAGCAGCUACUCCCGAGAGUCGAAUCGCUGGUGUUUAUGCUUCUCACUCCGACACCUCGGCUGAUAACACGGCUUUGCAGAGCAAUGGUACGACUUCUGGUUUCAACUGGGGAUGGGAGAGUGCUCAGCUUUUCGUCAACAGUAUGGGUUGGCUAGUAGACUCAAAUGGAAACUACCAAGUUUUCCAGGUCGACAAUCAAACGACAUUGGAUAUGGCAUCAGGUCCCGUCCUUGCGAUAUCAGAGGAUCAAGUCCCCAGCUAUGCUUAUCUUGGCCCUUGUAGCGUCAGCUCCGACAAAUACUUGUCAUGUAAAGCUACCGAAUCAGGUGUGCAGACUUACGUCGACUUUUUCCUCGUUGCAGGUGAAAUGACUGGUUCUUGGAUUUUGUACGCUGGUUUCCAUGACCUUGGUCAUCACGAUGUUGACUUGCAGUUGAUCACGCCAUCCGACGAGUCCGCAUCUUCCACUCUCCUUGCAGGAGUAUCUUCCACAUCUAAUGGCUAUGUAUCAAAUACCGAUAUCGCGAGUAUCGAGUCCUCGACACAAGCUACAACCAAUGCUCCUACCAGUUCGCAAGAAGCUGAAGUAUCACCCACCAGCUCGCAAGAGGUUGAAGUUCCGUCCACCAGCUUGCAAAACGCCGAAGCUACCGCAACCAGCUCGCAAGACGCUGUGACUACUUCCGUCAGCUCGCAAGUCUCCGAGUCUAUCUCUACCGAUGUGAGCCUUUCCAGUGACAACGCCGGGCCCACUAGCACUCAGUCUGGAGAUGCUCCUGAGACCACUGAGGUAGGAUCUAUGCCCACAGCUUCGUCCAGCAAUGCUCCGCAGACGACUGCAAUAGAUGCCCUGGAGAGCAGUCCCGUCAGCACUAGCACUAGCGACAACAUGUCUAGCGGUGGCCAAAGCAUUCGAGCGACAGCUUCUGCUACAGACAUGUCGUCUUCCACCGCUGCAGACGAAUCUGCAAGUGCCACUGGUGUGGUCUCACGAUUCUACAUCUACGUGACCAAUUCAUCGUCAUCUGCCGAUGAGACUAAUGUCGAGACCGAAUCCAACUCUGGCUUCUUGGGUUUCAACAUGGCUGCGGAUACUUAUGAAGUCCGCAACUAUACUUUGGACUCAUCGUCUGGUUACAUGUACGAUGGUCAGACGUCAAACAUGUUGGUAGUUUGGCCUAGACAUGGAACCAACAUCAUGCUAGCAUCUUCCGAAGACAUGAAGACUAACGGCUACGUGCCUAUUACUUGUACGAUCAACUUUGAUGAAACCUUAUCUUGCUCGUACCAACAGGCUGGAAUCACUUUCUCGGAGUUCUAUGUUGAGACUGAAGGCUCUAAUCAGUACCUGAACAUUGGUCAAUCGGAGUUGAACACUGCUUCAAGGUCCAGCUACCACGGCAAUUCUUCCUACGUAUCUCCAGUCACCACAGGCGCUUCUGUCAGUGGCUCGUCUAGCUCAUCGAGCUCUCAUCAGACUGUCGUCUUGAGAGUCUCUUCUGAGCCAAAAACUGAACAAACUUCGUCUUCCAUGGACAGCAGUAUUUCCACCACCGAAGCAUCCAGCAGCACGAUUACGUCUGCUGGUGUGGAUGGCGACUAUACCAUCACGACUCAGUCUACCGUAACGCCUGCAUCAAACAGUGCGAUCACGACGACCGAUGCUCAGAUUCCAGUAGCCACAUCUUCCCCCACUGGAUCCAGUGUGGAUGAAACCACGUCAGUCAGUGAGGUCAAUUCUAGUCAGACCUCUCUUAGAGGCGAAGCUGCAUCCGCGACAAUCUCAAGCUACUCUAGUUCGACAAUCUCAAGCUACUCUAGUUCGACAACGACAAGCUACUCUAAUCUGACGAAGUCAAGCUACUCCAAUCUGACCACGUCAAGCUACUCCAAUCUGACCACGUCAAGCUACUCCAAUCUGACCACGUCAAGCUACUCCAAUCUGACCACGUCAAGCUAUUCUAAUUCGACAAUACCGAGCUAUGCUAUUUCGUCAAGUACCACCGAGCUUCAGACAGAGUCCACCGAUACCACGUCAAGCAGUACGAUCGUUCAGAGCAGCAACAUUUCCUCGACGUUGAUCUCUUCUGCAACCUCCACUCCUGUUCCAUUCUAUAUCACAGACACUCACAACAACUUUGUUGCUGUGUCUCCAGGACAAGAUGAGGCUAGUACUUUCGUUGUUGGUCAAGAUUCUGCCACAUCAUUCUAUAUUGACGAAACUACUGGAUAUCUUGUCGAGUCAGGCUUGAAUACAACCUACGCUGCCAACCGCAAUCCUAGCGAUACCCCCGAGAUUGUUUACUUCAGCACUGUUGUAGAUUCACACAGUUAUAUCUCUUGUUCGCAGAACGAUGCGACUGGAGAAUUGCAGUGUGACUCGGACAAUGUCUUGCAACACGCAAUGACUUGUAACAACGACAGUAUGCUAUACUUUGCUCCUAAAGUUCCACCACAAUGCAUACUAGUGCCUUUGUACUACGUGGCUGUCACAAGUAUCGACCAAAGCACGGCUGCCACAAGCAACAGUGUCCCUGCAAGCGUAUUGGCAUCUGUUACCAGUGAUUCGUCGCUGGCAAGUCAGACUUCCAGCGAGACCGGUAUUUCCAGCGAUCUGACAUCGAGUGCUGAUGUCAGUAGCACCUCCGCAAGCGCCACCAUUCCUCCUAAAGCUACCUCUCAAUCGGCUUUCAAUGUCUCAUCAGCGUUCAAUGCUUCGGUGACCACCAGUACCGACUCAGGAGUUGCUACUUCGUCUGGUGUACUAUCGAGUAACACAUCGCUUGCUGGCCAGGUUCCCAGUCAGACUGGUACUUCGAGUGAUAUGACUUCGAGUGCUGAUAUUAGCAGCACCUCUGAAAGUGUCACCAGUUCUCCCGAGCCUACAUACCAGACGAUUUCGAAUUCCUCAUUCGCCUUCAAAGCUUCGACGACCAUCAGUGCCGACUCAGCAAUUGCUACUUCGUCUGAUUCUUCGUCGAGCAUUGAGACAACUCAGAGUUCUGGUGCAUUUAUUUCUAGCAUCUAUGUUCAGGCCAACGUGUCGUCGUCCCAGUAUUUGAAUAGCGAGAGUGUCACAUCCUCCAGUGUUGAGGUUUCGUCGACACAGGUCAGUUCUGAUGCUUCUCAAUCCACCGACUCGGCCUCAAGCAGCAUUUCCGUGGGAUCCACCACAGCCACCAAUUCGCAAAGCAGUAUGAGUUCAAGUCAGACUACCUCGGCAAUCGUUUCAUCUGUCGAUAGCCAGACAACACUCAAUCCAAGCAGUACGAUCACUUCAAGCACAGCUUCUGCUGCAAGUGCUUCUGGACUGUCCACAGCUACUCUUUGUCCUUCCGCCGAUGGCCAAAAUAUCACAGAUUCUUACAGCAACAACUAUACCGUUCAUUGCUUCUCUGACUCUACUGUCAACUCUUAUUCAUCUGCACAGGCCGCAGUAAACUACCUCGAUUGUAUGACUGCUUGUGACAAUGCUUCAGCAAAGGGUUGCACAGGCUUCACAUACGUCGGUGGUGCGAAUGGUAACGCUAGCGGUAUCUGUUAUCUCAAGACAUCUUCUGGCAGGUUCACCACAGCUGGUUCGAACUACAUCUCUGGUCAGUUGUCUUCUGUCAACUCCACCAGGUUUGACAGUUCUGCAGGCGCAAGCCCUUCAGGCAUUCUUAGCAGUCCUAAUGCAGCAAAUACCUCUUCUGCUAUUAGUAGCACUGUAUACACAAGCUCAGCAAUGCUGACGGCUUCUUCGUCUGCUUCGGACAGUUCCUCGACAGCCAUUGCUUCGAAUAGCACCAUUGUCGCGAAUGGUAACAAUGCUGUAAACGAUAACAAUGGUACUUCAUCGGCACUGUCCAUGAACAACGGUCCAGCUAGCACUUCUGCGUUGACCACGAGUAGCCUGAGCGUUCAAGCUACUUCGACGAGCAGUGACAUAAUUGCUAGCUCCAGCACGUCUGAUGUAACUCAGUCAGCUUUGGCAUCGUCCAUUACCACGACUGACAGUUCCAUGGCACCAAUUAUAUCCAGCGUUGUUUUGAGUUCUGAUACGACUCAGUCAAUCUUGACAUCGUCAUCCACUACGACUGACAGUUCCGUGGCAUCUAGCACUGCCAGCAUUCUUUCGAGUUCCGGGUCCUCGGCGCCUGACAGCGUAUCAUACUCUGCCGGGAUGCCUAGUCCCACUUGGGCACCCUCAUCUUCAAGCAUUCAAGCUAUCAGUACAUCCUCGGUCUCGACCAGCGAGACAGUCGUUGCUUCUUCUGCUUCUAGUCAGAGUCCCAGCACUUCUUUAGUGACUUCGAGCCAGAGUGGCAUUGUUUCCUCAACCGUCUCUAGUCAGAGUGCUGUUAUUUCCUCCUUCUCGUCCAGCGAGACCACCAUCAGUCUCACAUCGAGCAGCAGUCAAGGUUUCUCGUCAAGCAUUAGCCUUUCUGCAUCAUCUUCGCCAAGCAGUAGUUCGAUCAGCUCCUCGAUCUCCUCGAAUAGUGCUUCGAGUAGUUCAUCGAUGAGCACAUCUACUAGCCAAAGCUCAUCCACUAGCUCUGUGACCUCGAUUGCAGUUGUUUCGGUCGUCAGUAGUACUUCAGCAAGCUCAAGCCGUUCGACAUCGUCCCAGACAAGCACCAGCUCUUACAACUCUGUCUCAGCCGCCAAGUCUAUUAUCGAAGCUUCAAGCUAUCAGCCUUUCUGUUCGACAUAUCUUGGAUACAGUUCUUCCACUAAGACAGUCACGUCGACAAGCACGUAUGAGAUCGUUGCCACUACAACAACUACAACCACGUCUCUUGUUGCCCAGACCAAGCAGUACAAAAAGCGUGAUGUUGAGGAGCCUAGAGCCACUUGCGACUGUGAGAUGCACACGCAUGAGCUUAGAUCUACAAGCUCCGCCGAAAUCAUCUCCACAUCAAUCCUUCGCCGCAGAAGUGGUUCAUACUCUCAGAUGCCGACAACUCAACUUCAGCGUCGUGCUACUACAACCAGCUCGAACACCACGCCAACCCCUCUCAGGACCUUCUCAUCGACAGAUCUCAGUUCGGCAUGUAGCUCAGAAGUCACCUCUCCAGCAGUCUCCACUACCACCCUUUCGAGCACUGUCACAGCAUCGACCACCACCACCCUCACGCAGACGGCAACAUCUACAACAGUCAUCUCCGUGGCAUCAAGCGCUCCAACUGGUGUGGUUGGAUACAUGUCUUUCAGAAAUCCUGUCAACCCUGGCGGUCAAUACGCUCUUUCAGAUCCCGCUACGCACAUGACGGAUAACUACUAUGCCAACAGUACUCGCGAGACUUUCAUCAUUACCAACACCAGCCAGCUUUACUCUGUCACACACAAUGCAUACUACUAUUACCAGACACCGGCUGGAGCUGACAAGCUUUUCUGGAGCACGAACAAUGCAACUGGCAGUUCCAACUGGGUACCUGGCAACACCACGUCCGAUGGGUACACACAGCUUCUCAUGGUAGACACGCGCUAUACCGCACGCACCUACUACAAGUUCUGCUUGAUGAAGCUUGGAUCUAAUGAUGCCAACUCGGCCACAGGAUACCAUGUCUACUAUUACAACAGCACAGCAACGUUCCCAUCGAACUGUGGUGCUACACAGCUCUGGUUCGCGCCUUCCUAG